UCUAGCACUUAUCGACGUUAAAUCGGAAGUCGCAUUGCAAUCGCAUGCAAUUUGUUUUGUUAUUAAUUUUCCAAAUAAUCUCGGGCUUGGUGCUGCUGCCAAUUGUGAUUCACUACGUCUAUUACAUAAUAAAUGCGAUUGCCGGCGAUUUGUGCGAGCAGAAGAGAGCGCAAAGAGAGCAGCAGCUGCAAAGGAGUCCCACUCCGCGCCACCAAAACCGCCACCCCGCGCACCUGCCGCCCACCGAAGAGGAGCCUCUGGUUUUCAUAAACAAUUUGACAAAUUCUAGUCGCUCUCCGCCAGCAGCAACAACAAUGCAAACAAACGAUGACGCCAAGUUCAUUAAAAAGAGGUGGAAAGGCGGCUCCAUUGAACCGCAUCCCACGGAUAAGGCGCUGAUUGUCAACUACCAACUGGAGGCCACCGUCUUCGGGGAGCCCAACAAUCCGAUGAUCGAGGAGAAGAAGCACUGUCAAAAAAUCAUACGACUCCGCUCGCUGAACGCCAAAACGGAUCCGGCUGCCUUGGCACGAGAAGUGGUGGAGAAAUGCGAUCUCAUCCACAAGUCCCAGUUGAAUGACGUCGAGCAGAUAAUCUUCUAUCUGAAGAACCGCAAGGAUAAUGCCAGCAAUGAUAUUCCAGAUAACAACACUCACAGCCGGCGAUCGGCGGCGCUGCACACCUCGCACACCCGCUCCUCCGCCCGAUCACACAGCAGUGUGGCGGCCAUGACCAGCAGCACCGGAAGCGGAGGAGGUUCCACCGGAGUCAGCAAUGGCGUGUCGAAUGCUCUGAGUGCCGCCACGCCCACGGCGGAUGUGUCCAUCAACAAUAUCGAUGAGUAUGUGGAGCUGCUGUACGAGGAGCUGGGCGAACGCAUCCGUGGCUCGGCCAUGAUCCUUCAAAUGGCGCGAAAUCCCGAUAAUCUCGAGGAGCUGGAAAAGAAUGAAGCCUGCCUCAGCGCCUUGUCGCGUGUUCUGCGCGAGGAUUGGCGCAAAUCCCUGGAUCUCUCCACCAACAUAAUCUACAUCUUCUUCUGCUUCUCCACAUACACCAAGUUUCAUCCGCUCAUUGUGCAAUAUAAGAUUGGAUCGCUUUGCAUGGAUGUGAUUGACUACGAGCUGCGCCGCUACGAGACAAUGCGCAAUGAGCUGGACGUGCGCAAGCAGCCCAAUGGAUCCUCCACUCCACACUCGGCCAAGGCCAGCAAGGAGAAGCUGAACCGCAGCACCGACGACUUUCUGGACAUCAUGAACGAGGAGAAGCCCAAGGAGAUGGAGCCGCCGAGACGUCGCAUUCCGGAGCUAAAACAACGGCCCAAGUCGGGCAAUUGGAGCAGCUUUCAUGGCUCCAUGUCGUCGUCGCUGAUCAAGAGCCAGAUCCUGAACAGCAGCUAUCAUGAGUCCCUCUGCGCCGGCGGGUCACCUGCCGGCGAUCCUCCAUCUGUGCCCGCUGAACUGAAGGCCCAAAGCAACGAGUCGCUGGACAGGAAUGAUCCCAAGGUGAAGAAGGAGGAGAUCGAUCGCUUGAACAAGCAGCUCAAGAUCUUCGCCAAAAAGCAGGAGCAGCUGCUGCGCGUGGCCUUCUACCUGCUGCUAAACAUGGCCGAGAAUGUUAAGCUGGAGGAGAAGAUGCGACGCAAGCACAUCGUCAAGAUGUUGGUCAAGGCGCUGGAUAGGCAGAACAUCGAUCUCCUGAUGCUCGUCAGCACGUUCCUCAAAAAGCUAUCGAUUGUGGGCGACAACAAGGACGAGAUGGGCGCCCUGAACAUUGUGGCCAAACUGCCACGAUUGUUCCAGAGCACGCACACGGAUCUGGUGCAGGUCACCUUGAAGCUGGUCUUCAAUCUCUCCUUCGACGGCGGGCUGCGUCGCAAGAUGAUCGCCGCCGGCUAUCUGCCCAUGUUGGUGAUGUUCAUUAACGAUGAGAAGCAUCACGGCAUUGCAGUCAAGAUACUGUACCACAUGAGCUUGGAUGAUAAAGUGAAGGGCAUGUUCACGCAAACGGAGUGCGUGCAAAUGGCCACGGAUGCCAUAAUCCUAAAUCUCAACGUUAAAGUCGAUCUGGAUCUCAUUGCCUUGUGCAUUAAUCUCUCGCUAAAUCGCCGUAAUGCCCAGAUUAUGGUGGAGGGCCAACGGUUGCAUAGCCUGAUGGAUCGGGCCUUCAAGUACCAGGAUGCCUUGCUGAUGAAACUGCUGCGAAACUUGUCGCAGCACGAGACCCUGCAGCUGCAGUUCAUCGACUAUGUGGGGGAUCUGGCGCGCAUUUUGACCAUCUGCGAUGACGAGGCCUUUAUAGUGGAAUGCCUUGGUAUUUUGGGCAACCUGGCCCUCACCGAUUUAGAUUACUCGCAGAUCUUGCAGAACUUCCAGCUGAUUCCAUGGAUUAGGCAGAUAUUGGUGCCGUGCUCCAGAAUGGACGAUCUUGUGCUGGACACCAUUGUUUACUUGGGCACCUGUGCCUGCGACGAGCUAUGUGCACUGCUCUUUUGCCGCGCCAAAGUGGUUAUAUCCUUGAUCGAGCUGCUCAAAGCCAAGCAGGAGGAUGACGAGAUUGUGCUGCAGAUCAUCUUCGUGUUUCAGCAGAUCCUUCGGCACGAAAGCACCAGGGAGUACAUGAUCAAGGAGACGGAAUCGCCUGCCUAUCUGAUCGAUCUGAUGCACGACAAGAACGAGGAGAUCCGCAAGGUGUGCGACUAUUGCUUGGACAUCAUCGCCAUUAGCGACAGCGAGUGGGCCAAGCGCAUCAAGUUGGAGAAGUUCCGCAACCACAACUCACAGUGGCUGUGCAUGGUGGAGUCGCAGCAGGACCAGGACAAUGAGCAGGACUACGCCGACCAGGAGGACGAGUGCGACAACGAUCUGGACACGUAUCUGCGCUCCGAGUACUUGGACAAUUGCGAUCUCUACAACGACAAUGCCGACAAUGACAGCAACAGCAACAGCAACCAUAGCAACAACAAUCCGGCCAGCCCGGCCAUGUCCACCUACAGCAGGCCACUUAGCACCUAUCGCCGCAGUCAGGAUCUCGAUGAUCUGUACAACAUGACCUCCAGUUCCAAGUCGCAGGGCUCCAGCGACAACAACUUUAUAUUCAAGUCGAACAAAUCCCUGGAUACCGAUGGCCUGCACGAGGAGCUGCUGAUGGCUUAAAUGUGGACAAAGAUCUUGCAGAAGGUUAACCCGAACCGAUCAAAUUUGAAUUAAGAAGCUUCUGCUGUUUGCCCCCCGUGUACAUGUUUAGUCACUAUCUAUCUAUUAACGACCUUCUGCUUGGAUUUAUUGGAUAUAUAUAUUUAUAUAUACAUAUAUACGACACCUUUCACGCUUGUUAGUCAAAGACGUUAAAUGAUUUUAGCGACGCGGCAACUUUGUACUCAAGACAUUCAAAUCGAGCAACGGCGCACAGUCACAGAUUAAUUUAAGUUUGGUUACUUACUUAUUGGUAUGGUAUUUUUUGUUAUUUAUUAAUAUUUAAUUUAUUGAGGCCUUGUAUUAGUACGAUUUAUCGCUUAGCUUCCCCUUGGUUGCUCGCAAUGCAAUUACUGUGCAAUAAUCUCUCACUUAAAGUAUUACGUCAAACGUUUUUAGUUGUACUUGUUUUAGUUUACCGAACCUUAACUUUUCGUUAUUUCGAAUACCUUACGAACAAAAGUCAAAUUGUAAUAUUACACAACGGGCGACAAAUGAACAGAAUGAAACGCCGAAGAAUAUAUACAAAGCUAAUGUAAAUGUUCA